UGCAGUUCCGUUGCAUUCGCUUGAGGUGUAAAAAAAAAACCCCAAAGCACAAAAUCUGUUUUGCGCAGCAAUAAAAUAUCCGUAUUUAUUUCUCUUGCUGCAUAGCUGCUGGCAUAAUGUCGUAUGUUUACCUAUUGCCGGUUGCUGUCUUCUUCAUCUUUCAAGUGACAUUUCUGGGCACUUAUAUUGUGGCUGUCCUGGAGGGUCAUGUGGUGCCGACAGUGCCGUACAUUAGCGAUGCAGCCACUUACUCACCGGAGAGCUGCAUUUUCGGUCAACUAAUUAACAUUGGCAGCGUUCUUUUGGGACUCACAAUUUAUGUGCGCUAUCGUCAUGUAUUGCAACUGCAUGAACAUCAUCCGGAUCUGGGCGCCGCUGUGCUCCGUCACAAUAGUAUAGCCUUUUGGUUCGGCAUGUUGUCCUGCCUGGGCAUUAGCUUUGUGGGCAACUUUCAGGAAACAAAUGUGCGCAUUGUCCACUUUAUUGGCGCGUUCUGUUGCUUCGGCUGCGGCACCUUAUACUUUUGGAUGCAGGCUUUAAUCACAUACUCGAUAUAUCCCAUGGCUGGCACGAAAAAGACUGCGCACAUACGUCUGGGUAUGUCCGUCUGUUGCACUAUUCUGUUUAUAAUGCUGGCUGUGACUGGUGUCAUGUCGCAUAUACUGUUUGACGGACAAGAUCCACGGAAGUGGUAUCCCUCGGAUGGGGGCUGGUAUUAUCAUGUGAUAAGCACAAUUUCCGAAUGGAUAAUAGCGACCAUAUUUAGCUUUUUCAUACUAAGCUUUACACCCGAGUUCCGGGAUGUGUCGCUGGAUCAUCCGCAAAUCUCGCUGCUCUCAUACACUAUGACAGUGUAGAUGUGAUUGAUCUCCUAUGUCGAUAUAGUCUCUCAUUUGAAGAACUAAUAGUGGGUUCCAGUCGGAGCUGCGCCGUUAAUCGCACGGCAUGCUCUACCCAGGAUAUGCGAACUGGUGCUGCUGUGGCCGCCAACAACUAUAAUCUAUUGCCUAAGUACCAAUAUGUAGUAUAGGGUUAAUUAAAUAUGAGCCAAAAGUGCUCAUAAUGGAAGCAUAAAUGCCAGCCGAUUGUAUUGCACAAUACACAUCUCAUCAUCCGAUGAUCACUUGUUCUAUUCAUUGCAUGCGUUUUGACUGUCCAGCUAAAAACAAGUUUUAAUAAAUCUGCACUCGAGUUGAAA